AUGCCGCUUCGACUUGUUCUUCUGGGAGCACCUGGAUCGGGCAAAGGCACACUUACAUCGAGGUUAUUGAAACAAAUACCUCAUCUCACUUCUAUUUCCACGGGCGAUCUUUUGCGGACUGAGAUCCAGAACUCAACCCCAAUAGGAAGACUUGCUGAUGCAUAUAUCAAGGAGGGGAAACUGCUUCCCGACGAAUUGAUGGCAGGAAUGGUGGAAACAGAGCUUGUAAGGAGAAACAUUAUAGACAAGUCGUUUCUGCUAGAUGGCUUUCCGCGAACUAGCAGCCAAGCACUGGAACUGGAACGUCGGCUUCAAGAUAAUCGUAUAAAUCUGGUUGUUGAAUUAGACGUUCCGCCCGAUGUAAUCGUUGGAAGAAUUGCAAAUCGGUGGAUGCACUCAUCGGGAAGAGUUUACAACUUGGAGUAUAAUCCUCCCAAGGUCCCGUUUAGGGACGAUGUUACCGGCGAGCCACUAUUUCAGCGGCCAGACGACAAUCCGGAGACAGUUCGCAAAAGACUAAAAACCUAUUACGAGCAAUUGGAGCCGAUCAAGCGGUUCUACCAGUCUCGAGGUGUGUACGACAGAGUUGGAGGCGAGACUGAAAAGGUGGAUAAGUUCAGGUCGGACAGCAAAUUUCUCAAGUCGAGCAAGAUGCCAGAUAUACCCAAGUUCAUCGGCAAGGACCCGCGGACCGAGCUACCUGAGUUAUAUGCGCGAAGACUCGACCCGAACAGAAUGUUGCAACGGGAUAUCACGUCGUCUGCUAUUGAUGAGUACUACGGGCCUUCGACUUUCCUGCACAUGGCGUUGAAAGAGUACAUGGACGAGAAGAAAAGAACGGAAUAUCUGCAAUUGUUUCACCUGAAUAAGGUGGAGUAUAAUUAUUUGGAAGGGCUGGGUUGCUUCCAUAUUCCGGACGAGCAAUUGUUCGAAAGUUACAUUGAUAGCUAUUUCCGGGUGCUGCACCCCCAGCUGCCAGUGAUAAAUAAGCAGCAGUUUCUGGAAGAUUAUCUAACGCUGAAAAAUCCGCAGAGCUUACUCCUGCUGCAGUCUGUGCUGUUUGCAGGCUCCCGAGUCUAUGGCGAUCCCAAUUGGACAGACGAAGAACGGGCCCACCAGGAGAAAUUAAGUAUGCUUCUCAACCGCCGUGCCAAAGCGCUUUUUGAGCACCACGUGGAGACAGAGCCAAUCCCGUUGCUUCAAUCGAUGAUAGUUUUUGGAAACUACUGGGAUUCCCAUGUUGGGAACACGAAAAAUGGCAUUUUCCUCAAUACCAUCAAGCUGGCAGCGUCGACUGCCUUGUGCAUUGGGCUUAAUCGAAAUUUCGACCAGCGGCCAGAGCUGUCUAUCAUGGAGAAAAACCUUUACAAGCGAAUAUGGUGGGCCAUUUUCAUCAGAGACACUUACAGCUCUUUCACCUUUGCCAGACCGUUUUCCAUUGAUCUUUCCGAGUGCGAGGUUCCAUGGCCGACGAGGGAGACUCUUGUGGACAGCAAAGAAGGCUCUUUUGGCUACGAGUUUGACACAAGCGAUCUGGAUAAGGAUUUUUUCCUGCAUAAAUUGGCUCUCGCCAAAGUGACGAGAAACAUUAUGGACAACCAGAAUUUAAUUUCUAAAAUCACGGAAAAAAGCGCCUCCACGUAUUCCCUGCUCAAAGAGUGUGACAUGCUGCUUUACGAAUGGAUCCAGAAGCUGCCCGACACGCUGAAACUGGAUGUGCGCGACAAAACGAGCCCUCCUAACUUCUACGCCGCUUGUCUCGCACUGGAAUACCAUACGGUGCUGCUUUUCAUCCACCGCAGCAACAUUGUGAGCAGCUCGCGUCCAGAAAGAGCCUCAGAGAAUCUGGACGCGCUCCCGUCGUGGAGCGUCUCGUUCAAAGCAGCGUAUACGGUUAUGCUGAUUGGUGAGUAUUUCACAAAGCACCAGCUUCAGGAGAAGUACAACGGCAUGAUAAUCUACAGUAUGUGGAGCGCAGGCACGAUGAUGGUGUACCACCUGUACAACAAAGACCCGAAGAUCUCGGAGAUCGCACAUCGGUCGAUUCUUGCGUGCAUUAAUGUUCUUGCAGAGACGAAGAAAAAGUGGCCCAUGGCCGAUUUUGUGAUGUUCAGUCUCAAAAUGUUUCUGACAGACAAGUCAAGACGGCAGAUGCUGAUUCGGGGCAUACUGAAUACCGUGAAUAAGGAGGUCAACUUAGAACGGCGGACGCUAUACACGAGUGCCAUUUUGGAUGAGUCAUUGCGACGAUACGAGCCGGACGAGAGAAGGUACUACGGUACACCGCUCGUCAGCGCAGAGAGAGGCAAGCUUAGAGAGCCGUCGACUGUACCCCAUAUUACAGAGAGCCCUUCCAGACGGAAACCUGCUUUACUAAAUGAGCGCACUCAAGACAUGCCUCCAGGAGUUCUGGAGCCGUCUCUCACAGAACUAAUAGACGAAAACUGGCUGCCAUCGUUCGACAUCUCCGGGUUUCCUGAUAUUACAGGGGCCACGAAUCCAGACAAUAUGGCUAUGUCGAACCUCGUGGGCGAUCUGUUUGGCGUUUUCGGUGGCAGCGAGUAUGGUUUCUAUCGUUCGGACAUUGUGAGGCCUGUUGUUAGCUUCAGUCCAGUGCAGGUUGCAAGAAGGUUCAGCUCGACCAGCCAGAAACUCGAAUCCGAAAAAGAAUCGAAAGCGGAGCCCAAGGAUGGCACCGAUGGUGGACAAAAGAAAAAGUCGUCGUUCAAAGAAAUAUGGGAAUUGCUCAGGCUCACAAAGACAGAAAUCCCUACAAUGUCAAUUGCCAUAUUGCUCCUCUUUGUUUCGUCCUCUGUUUCAAUGGUUUUUCCUAUGAUAAUGGGAAAAGUGAUAGACAUGGCGAAAGCCGAGGAUCAGAAGUCCGCGAUUAGCAUACUGUCCUAUGAAGUGCCUGCUAACCAAUUCUACGCCGCGGUGGGGGUUCUUUUUUUCCUGGGAGCGUCUGCGAACUUUGGAAGGAUCAUUCUUUUGCGCAAAGUCGGUGAGCGGAUCAUGGCCAGGCUGAGACUUGAUAUCUUGCGAAAAAUAUUCUACCAGGAUGCUAAGUUUUGGGAUUACCACAAGUCGGGUGAUCUGAUCUCACGUCUGGUUAAUGACUCGACCAUUGUGGCGCGCUCAGUUACCCAGAAUAUCAGUGACGGCUUGCGUUCGUCUAUCAGCGGGCUUGUUGGAAUUGUUAUGAUGGUGACUAUUUCCGUGAAGCUUACAGGCUACAUGACGUUGAUCUUCCCUGUUCUCAUCUUUAUGUCGUUAGUGUUUGGAAGAAAAAUCAAGGCCUUAUCCAAAGAUAUCCAGAAACAGCUCGGAAACCUCACCAAAGUGUCUGAGGAGCAAUUCAACUUCACAAAAACUAUCCAGAGCUUUAACAACGAGGAGUACGAGGUGGGCAAGUUCCGCAAGGAGGUCCAGAAACUGUACAACCUGUCUGUCUAUGAAGGACGGCUUAAUGGCUACUUUUUUGCAGGCAAUGGCUUUGUCGGUAACGUUUUCCUCAUAGGACUGCUGUCGUUGGGCGUACAGAUGGUGCGUCAAGGAGAACUCUCCAUUGGAGAGCUUUCGUCGUACAUGCUAUACACGACAUUUAGCGCGUCAAGCGUGUACUCGCUGUCGAACUUCUAUUCCGAGCUGAUGAAGGGCGUGGGAGCGUCAGAACGUGUGUUUGAGCUCAUCAGACUGCAACCGGCCAUUGUUCCUUCUGAGGGAAAGAAAAUCAACGUGUUGGGGAACAUUGAGUUCAGAAACGUCGCCUUUAAGUACCCAACACGGCCGACCCACCAGGUGUUUGGCUCUUUGAACCUCAAAAUCAAUAAGGGUGACCAUGUCUGUCUCGUUGGGCCGAGCGGGUGCGGAAAAAGUACUGUGGCUCAGCUACUUCUGCGCCACUACGAGCCACUCUCCGGUAGCAUUCUGAUCGACGGCCAACCUCUGACGGACGUCAGUCUGGCUAGUUUCAGAGAACAGACGGGAGUUGUCCAGCAGGAGCCCAUGCUCUUUUCUGGCACUCUAAGGGAGAAUAUCACAUACGGAAAGAUGGAUGCUACCGAGGAGGAGAUCCAAAAAGUGUGCGAUCUUGCCAACUGCACUAACUUCAUCAACAACUUCCCAGACAAACUGGAGACUGUGGUCGGCUCCAGGGGCACUCAGCUUAGCGGAGGACAGAAACAGAGGAUAGCACUUGCAAGAACGCUGCUUUUGGGCCAUCGCACCGACAAGAAAGUGUCGGUUCCUGAGGCUUACAGUUCGCGUGGAGAGCUGCUUCUUGGGCCAAGCAUCUUGAUUCUGGACGAGGCCACGUCUGCACUGGAUGCCAAGUCGGAGGAGGCCAUCAAGCGCACGCUCAAGCUGAGACAGGAGGCUGGUCUGACCACCAUCAGCAUCGCUCACCGGUUAAGCACCAUCAAGACCAGCGACAAAAUUGUGGUUUUCAACCAUAAGGGUGUGAUUGUGGAGUACGACAAUUUCGACAAGUUGUAUGCGGACCCCAAGAGCGAGCUCAACAGACUGCUUUCCAAGAGCGAGAGCGGCGAAGAGACGGAAGAAAAGGAUGAGUGA